CAUGAAUGGAGAUUUUGUUAAUUUCAUUUCCUACGUCAAGAAUCAAUAUUAUCCUGUUCUCAGUUAUUUGAGUUAUUAAUAUAACUGAAUAUAAUAAUAAGAUGAGUUACUUUUGUUAAUGAUGUGUUUUCUCUGUUAUUAGUUUACUGAAUCAAUUAUGUCUGGUUGGGCAAAUGGGUAUAGUUUUUCAAUCUCUCAAUGGGGGUGUUGACUCGAAUUUUUGCCCACUGCCCAUGCAAGUUGGUGCAAGGCUAUCUAAACUGCGGUUAUAAUUUGAUGGACCAACCGCAUCGUGCUUAAAUUUGUGGAAAGUCCUCGAAGUAAAGGAAUUUUGAGAAUAAUUUUUGGAUUUUGGGUCAAGUCUGUGGUAGUCCUUUGCUGGUUGUACCCGAAGCUUUUUAGUGAUAGUUUGGAUUUAUCAUCUUGUAGGUGUGAGCUAUGGCCCUGAUAUCCCGGGCUGGUCCUUCAUAUUGCAUUCAAUCCGAGAGUGGAAGGUGUAAAGCUGCUCACAACGUAGUUCAUAGUUUUGUGAACAAUGUAGAGGGGUGCAAGUCCAAAGAAUUGUUCGUCGGCUUGAGUUUCUCUUCGUCAAAACUUGCAAAGCCACAGAGAAAGUUGCAUAUUCAUGGCACUGGAGAUAAUAGAAGGGGACACCGAGUAAUUGUCGCCGCAAGUCCUCCUACAGAGGAUGCUGUUGUUGCUACUGAGCCCCUGACAAAGGCUGAUCUUGUAGAUUACCUGGCUUCAGGUUGCAAACCUAAGGAGAAAUGGAGAAUUGGUACAGAACAUGAAAAAUUUGGUUUUGAGUUUGGAAAUCUGCGUCCAAUGAAGUAUGAACAAAUAGCAGAAUUACUCAACAGUAUUUCUGAGAGAUUUGAUUGGGAUAAAAUCAUGGAAGGCGACAACAUCAUUGGUUUGAAACAGGGAAAGCAAAGCAUAUCAUUGGAACCUGGAGGCCAGUUUGAGUUAAGUGGUGCACCUCUUGAAACAUUACAUCAAACAUGUGCAGAAGUCAAUUCACAUCUUUACCAGGUCAAAGCUGUUGCAGAGGAGAUGGGAAUUGGUUUCUUAGGUAUUGGUUUCCAACCCAAAUGGGGAUUAAAGGACAUACCUAUAAUGCCAAAGGGAAGAUACGAGAUUAUGAGAAAUUACAUGCCUAAAGUCGGCACACUUGGGCUUGACAUGAUGUUCCGGACCUGUACUGUACAGGUGAAUCUGGACUUCAGUUCGGAAGCGGAUAUGAUAAGAAAAUUCCGAGCUGGUCUAGCUCUGCAGCCUAUUGCCACAGCUUUGUUUGCAAAUUCACCUUUCACUGAAGGAAAACCAAAUGGUUAUCUUAGCAUGAGAAGCCAAAUUUGGACAGACACGGACAACAAUCGUGCGGGCAUGCUUCCAUUUGUUUUUGAUGAAUCUUUUGGGUUUGAGCAAUACGUUGAGUAUGCCCUUGAUGUUCCCAUGUAUUUUGUUUAUCGGAAAAAGAAGUAUGUUGAUUGCGCUGGAUUGUCGUUUCGGGAUUUUCUGGCAGGAAAACUCCCUUCUCUUCCGGGUGAAUAUCCUACAUUGAAUGACUGGGAGAAUCAUCUUACCACAAUAUUUCCUGAGGUGAGGCUUAAGAGAUAUCUGGAGAUGAGGGGAGCUGAUGGAGGGCCUUGGAGAAGGUUAUGUGCACUGCCUGCUUUUUGGGUGGGAAUUCUUUAUGACGAAACUUCCCUGCAACGUGUCCUGGACAUCACCUCUGAUUGGACAACAGGAGAAAGACAAAUGUUGAGAAAUAAGGUACCAAAAACUGGUUUGAAGACACCAUUUCGGGACGGGUUGCUAAAGCAUGUGGCACAAGAGGUUGUUCAGUUGGCUAAGGAUGGCUUAGAGAGGAGAGGCUUUAAGGAAACAGGAUUUUUGAAUGAAGUUGCUGAAGUUGUGAAAACAGGUAUAACGCCUGCAGAGAAGCUCCUAGAUUUGUACCAUGGAAAGUGGGGGCAAAAUAUAUAA